GCAAUUGAAUAUUGAAUUCGAUAUAUAUGCAGCAUGGAGCAAUAUGGUUUCUCUAAAUUAGUUUCGUGAUUGGUUACCUACGCUAUAAUAAUAUGUGAAUAAUUACCCACGGCCAUUUUGUGCCGCUUAUACUAUUGGAGAGAUCGUAAGUUUUGAUGUCGAACUUGUCUAAUUUGGGACGCUGAGCAAUGUUUUUCCGAGUGUCGCACGUACGAUUGUUUAUCCGCCAUUUUGUUCUGCUAUCGUACGCGCAGUUUUCGGUAGCAUUGUAGUCUAUUUUAGGAUGAAUACACGCUACUGAAGCGAAUUGGAUCGUGCAUCAUUACUACUUUAUCAAUCUCCCGUACAUUUGCGGAAAGUAAUCGUCGCUCGAAGAAUGUGAGAAAUCCAAUUUCUCAGGAUGUACCUGUGAUGGCAACCCGUGACAAGUUACAUCUGACCCAACUUUCCUGACUUUUGAGGCCAAAUGACGAUUACUAAAUAAAACGGACGAUUUUCGCUUCGUUCGUCACAAUGUCAGGGCAGAGUGGUGGACAACGAGUGUGUUUGACCAGACUUAAUGAACACUUGACAUGCAAAUUAUGUGGUGGAUAUUUUAUCGAUGCAACUACUAUUAUAGAAUGUUUACACUCGUUUUGCAAAAGUUGCAUUGUUAAAUAUUUGGAGAAUAACAAGUAUUGUCCGAUCUGCGAAGUACAGGUUCACAAAAGUAGGCCACUAUUAAAUAUACGUCCUGACUAUAUAUUACAGGAUAUUGUUUAUAAACUGGUACCUGGAUGUUAUCAAAACGAAAUGCGACGUCGGAGAGAAUUUUAUGCAAAACAUCCAGAAGAAUCUAUUCAAACAAUAUCUUCUGAAGCUCGUGGAAAACCUAUAGAAUCAUACAUAUAUUCUCCGGAUGAAUCCCUCAGCUUGUCCCUGGAAUACUCUGAUCCUCAUACAAAAAAUUUAAGUGAGACGAAUACUGACAAAUCCAUUUUAAGGCGAUAUUUUCGAUGUCCUGCAGCAGUCACAAUAUUCCAUUUACAAAAACUAAUAAGAGCCAAAUAUGGCCUUGGUGAUAUAAAUAGAGUUGAUAUAAUGUACGAAGAGGAGCCAUUAUGCAGUAGUUAUUCAUUAAUGGAUGUGAUGUAUAUCUAUCAUUGGAUGCGGAAAGUACCACUGCACUUAAGUUAUAGAAUAUUUGAAACAUCUUCAAAACGCCUGAAAUUAUCGGAAGACAAUGCAAACUACAAAAAAUCAUUAAUGGAUGCUGAUAUUGAUUCUAUAGAAAUAAAGGAUGAGAAAUCGUUAAAACGCGAAUGGAAAGAGGUGCAAUUAAAAAUAUCGGAAACAGGAGUAAUGAGUAUAACCGAUAUAUCGAAUACAGUACAUAAAAGAGACAUCGAGACUUUACAAGAUGAGAAAAUUUCAGAGGAGACUAUAGCCUCCAUUGCGGAAAUUAAUAAAGCAGAUUCGGUGAUAGAAACUUGUGGUAUUCCUAAAUCUGUAGAAAUAAUGCAAUCUACUUUAAUCAUUGAUCCAGAAUUAACGAAAAAUCCAAUAUUUUCUGAUCCGAACGAUGCAUUCCUUGUUACGAAUGACGUUAAGUUUCCAAACGAGAAUUUAUCGACUAAGAAUUGUAUGCCACUAACAACCAAUCAGCACAAUGGAACUGCUACAAAGCAGGCAAAUGAAACAAGAAAUUGUACCGAUUCUGCAAAAUCGCAACAAGAUGCACAAGAAGUAAAAAUCCAAAAUCAAACUGUUAAUGUCGAAGACAAAUCUGAGACAGUUUCACAAGAGCAAAAGACUAUUGAUCAAUCGGCAACACAAUUUACAGAGAAGAAAGUAGUUGAAAUUAAAGAUAAAGAAAAGAUAGACGCACAUGCGGAAAAGAUGUCAAUAAAUAAUAACAACAAUAGUGCGGAUUUUCAGACUGAAUCUCAGAAGGAAUGCAUUAAAAAUUUAAGUGAAGCGAAAAUUGUAAGUGCUGGAUCAAAAAUUGACGCAUUGAGCGCGAAAUUACAAUUUCAACCAAAAGUAGGUCAAGUUAAUAACACUUAUUCCAAGAAAGCACCGAAGGAAAAACGAGCGAUGCUGCAGCAAGGUACGAAAAAAUCCGAUGUAAAAUCGUCAACCGAAGAUACAAAACUUACUGAUGUGAAAGCGCAAACAAAUUGUGAGAAUGUAACGAGCAAAGUAUCAGUUUCGGUGGCAACUUCUUCACAAAAAUCAGUUGUGUCUACUACGGUGGCAUCUCAAAAUAUUUCAGAUUCCUUGUCAGUAUCUGAUAAACAAAAAGUUCUUGACGAGAAGAAUAAUCAAAGUAUAAGUAUUGAUUUGCAACAGGCUUUGAAUUUGUUGGAACAGAGAAAUUCGCCUAUACUAGCAUCGUCAGAGUCUGCUCCGAAAACGAGUCACACCGCCGGUAUGAUCAAUCAAAGAUUAUCGAACAAUAUAGUCACGAUGAAUGAGGAUAUUGUGUCUACUGAAUCAAACGUUUCUACAGCCGCAAUUAGUCAGACAACAUCAACGUUUCCUUACGUUUCACUUCAUGACAUCGUAACUAACUCAGCCGUCCUAAAAUCAGCAUUAAAGAAUUCCAGUAGCAUAUCUCAGAAAUCGUUAGGAACAUCGCCCAUUGCUUGUUCAACAUCCAACAACCAAAUAUCGCCGAUGCCUCAAUUCAACAUGCAAACGUCACCCAUGAAUAUGUAUUCUAUACCUACGUCGCUGAAGAAUAACUACAGUAACAUAAGUCAAAAUGUAACUACUGUAACGGCUGUAUCCACAGCAACGAUCACUACGACGGCGAUGUCAAAACCAAUAUCGACCGGUGCGUGUCCAAUACCUCCAUGUCCGGAUGCAAUCCCUAUAUCUCUGAUGAAACAAAUAUCCAUGCGUAAGCAGGACGUGGCUGCAAAGGGUACCAAUCUAAAUGAAAUUUGCGCAAAAAUCGGUUCCAAUACGAUCGGCUCGAAGAUCAAUGAUAUCUGUGCAAAGAUAGGAGAAAAUUCAAAGGAGAAGAACAGAGUAGAUACGCAUAGUAAGUCGGAAGUACCAGAUCUGCUUAGAAUAAGCGCGAAGAAGAAUUCUUUGCCAUUAUUACCCAAAUCAGAUACAGCAUUGAAGCAUAUACCGAAUAUCCCGAAUGUACCAGUGUACACUCCAAGUAGCAAUGCGACAAUGGAGAAUAAAAACAUCAAGCCUGCCUUACCUACGUCUACAUCUGCCAAUAUGCUGGGGGUGUCAACGUCUUCAGUACCGGCAUCGUCUCACGCAAACCAGAAAUUAGCGCCUCUCAAGAAGCAAAACCAAUCGAUUGGAUACAAAACGUUGCGCGAUCCACCUAAGUCUUGGAACCCUACAUUGUCGAAAAAUAAUUACGUAGCGGCAAAGAAUCAGGCGAAGGAGAUGCAAAAUCAAACUCAGACUUCUAUGUCCGAGAGUACAAACAAGCAGAUCCCAUCUAAACCGGCUAAGAUCUUCAAAAUGCGAAACAUGCCACGAUACUUGGGUAAUCCCGCAUCAGGUGUGAAGCCCAUGUAUGGGGUCGUAAGCGACACGAAGGAGAAAGAUCAAUCAACAACCAACACGAAGGGUGCUACUCUCAAUAUGAUGAAGAUCGAUCCUAAGACAUUGUCACCCAUCGUCUCCACGAUUAAUUCACCGAUCGUUUCACCACCACUUUAUUCGCCGAACGCUCGAAGCUAUCAGAAUACUCCGUUCUCACGGGAUAUAUGUCGAAAUACUGGCUCGCCUAUAUCGCCAAGAAAUUCUCCGGUAAAUAUGUUGUCGACCAAUCCAUUCAUACCAUCUCCCACGCCCAACACUAAUCCUCGAAUCAUAUAUUCUCACUUUCCGUCUCCGUUCCCAGACGCAAGCCGAUUUCCGAAUCCUUUGAUACGAUCGCCCUAUCAGCGAUCGAGUUAUAUACCGCAGACUACUGGUUACGUGCCAGUGGUUGGCCAACCGCCGACGGUACAGAGAAUACCACCCAGCACGCAUUCAUCCUCGCCAAAGUCGCCCAAAGCCUCGUCACCGAGUUCGAUCUCGUCUACAUUCAACCUUGGGAAGGCGGAAUCGCAGUCGUCGAUCACAUCAACAGUAGACAAUGUCGCGCUACUUCUCUCUAAGAAUGUAGCCGUACCAGUAUCUGUGUCAUUGCAACGAGAACUUAACGCGUUCAAUCUAUCCAAAACUGGCGGUUUGUCCCCAAGUCCGACGUCCAACGUUGCUAAAACAUCGUCCACGAAUGAUGCCAACGUUGAGACGCAGCUCGCUAAACCAAAUUCUUCUUCGCUUAAUUUGAUGGCGGUUACGGCAAACGCCGAAGUACCCGAGAAAUCGAACUUGCCAAGCAAUGCUAAUGAACGAAAACAAGGUAAAGAAACGGAGGCGCGAAAAGUGCAGGAAACCGCACGAUAUAAAGAAGACAGCUCCAAGGCGAAACUUACGGAAACGAAAUGCAGUGUAGAAGUUGUUGACAACGUUGCGAGCCUGCACGACAAAAAGGAAAAAAAUCAAGCGGCCAAAAUCAACGGCGAUGUUACAAUAGAACAGUUCGCAAAUAAGAAAUCUAAGGAAGCUGAUAGUAACGACGAGAAGAAGACGACAGCAGAGACGAGCGAGCGAGAUGGCCAAGUAGAACGGUCUUCGCCCAAAGAACGGAAUAGUAUUCCGAAGAUUAACACACAAGCCAAUAUCAAUGACUCGUCAGCAGACGGUUCCAAGAACGAAGAUCUCAGCAAGAGCGGUGAGCAGAUACAGGGUAAUAAAUCUGAAGUACAAAAAAAUAAGGCAGAAACGUGAUCGAGAGAGGAUUAAUCGUCUUUAGAUGCGAGUCGUAAAAAUCUUGCUACGCGUAUCAAUUGCAUUUAAUUCAAGAUGGCGUGGCUUAAGUGUAAGAUCAAUCCUAAACAAGCUUAUACACAGCCCAUAUUCUGAUGUUUACUGCCAGUAAUUCUAAUGUUUCCAACCGCAUGAUUGAAUAUGUGUGUGCGUGUGUGUACAUAUAUAUAUAU